AUGUCUGAAUCACGGCCAGCAUUUAGUAUAAGAGCAAUUGCUCCCACAGACGAUGGGAACUUAACUUGGAAAGAAAGUAAAACAAAACUUACAGCUACUGUCCGGAAUCAGCUGCAAAUCCACAUCUUCAAGCUGCCAACCUCUUAUAAUAAUAUGUGUCCUGAAGCGCACCAACGAGCUAUAAGUGGCUCCGAGCAACUCCAGGAAUGUCCAGAGUAUAACCAGGGUAUCGAAUGCGAGACCACUAAUGAGUAUUUCACCGAGUAUGUCUCAGCUGAUCAGUGCGAAGUGUGUGAGAUGCGUAGGAUUGAGGCCGAAGCGGCUGCUGCGGCAGAAGAGGAGGCGAAGAAGGCAAAUGCGACUUAG